AGUUUUGCUUUUAAAUUUUGGGGUGCUUACGUUGUCCGCCUCACGGUUGAGAGUCAGCGCUGUGCUGAAUUAGGGAUAGAGGGGACACAGUUGGCGAGGGGGCGGCGUAUGUUUCUUUUUUGCGAUAGCGUAGGAGCAGCAGACCUGCCGCUUCUCGAGCGAGUUCUGUAACCGCGUCGGGUGUUUUCGCUAGCGUGAGCUCGCGAAGAGAGCCAGAAGGAUGUCGUACGAGGAGCAGAUUCUUUUUUACAGGUUGAAGAGGAAGGUGGCGCAUAUCGUGUUGAAUCGCCGAAUCGUGGACGUGCCGAAGGACGCGCCUGUGAACGACCACUUUUGGAUUUUGCUGCCAGAGUCCGAUGAGAUUAUAGCAAAGCUGCAGUUUUGGAAGCAGAACCCGAUGAGGGACUUGCACUUGGACGUAUACUUUACCGAGUCUCCCGAUAGCGCGGAGCCCAAAUUGGUUUUAAUGGAGAAGUGGACAGUUGCCUACGUUCCGACUGACGUUGAGAGCCGGAACGUCGACCUCAAGAUUAUGUCUGCGCUUAGGCCGUUGUAUACGUUUACUAGGAACGUGCCUCUGUAUUACUUGCGUCGUCUUUGUUUGCAGAAGGGGACGUUGCCCAUUUCUUUUUCUUAUCGUUUCAGUGACUCUCCGACGGAGCCUUUCGAGCGCGACGCGCCAGUGGAGAGGAAGCAGUUUUCCACGGUUGAACACGUGUCUUUGGUGGUUCAGUACCGGAGUCAUUACAAUUUAGUGAUGAAGGCGGUGCCAAUUUGCGUUGAAAUCAAGGAUUACACAGGAAAGCACGUGUCCGCAUCCAAGCUGGACAACACGGUGGUGGUUCCUCAGUCCGGGUCCGAGUUUCAAAACAGAGCGCAGCGAUACAGCGCGAACGAGGGUGGCGGGAACGAAUUUGAGCCGUGCCCGCAAGACGCAUCACCUCAUGAUGCUGAAGAUUAUUCGCUGUUUGGCGCUUUUCAGUACGCCCCCAAUCCGGGGAGCAGCUGGAUUUCGGCUUCUUCUCUCGAGUCUCAGAGCUCCUUGCAACACGAGGCGGACAGGUACUCUUUGAAGUCCCUCUCGUCCGAAGCGCUGAAGACUGCAUCCAGGAGGGGAUCUGGCCACCAGAGUAAGUGCCACUACGACACGCGGUCUGGCGCCUUCUUCAAGGGGCUCGCGCCGCCCAGAAACGUUAUCGGGUCGACUCAAACAUCCAACAGCGCUUCCAGCGACGUGCCGGAGCCCGCGUUGGGAAGUCCGGACUUCAUGUCGAGCUUGAUUUUAGACGACACCGACGACGAAUGGGUCGACUGCGGACUGAUUAGGAAAACGCCGGUUUUGCUAGGACUUAGGCCGUCGAGGAUUUUGGACGCUCUGAUGAGCUACGAAAGACUUUCAGCUCAUUACGAUAAAUUAACGAAACAAUGAAAAAAUUUCGACCGAACAGUCUCGCUCGCAGCCCUGACUCGGCAGAAAACAAAAAGCCCACGGCGGUGCUCUGUCGAAACCGAACUCUUUCCCGAGCGGAGAACAGCUUUGGCGCCGGUGAGCGGUGAUUUUAUUCUGCGGCAGGUUUUGAAGAGGUCGCGCGCCUUUAGCGGGACUUGAGAGCUCCGUCGGGGCGCAGUCGCCGAGGCAGCCGUCCCGUCAGCAUUUUAUGUGGAAGCAGCCUGAUAUGGUUCCGAAUUUGACGCCGCAGUUUAUAGCCGGAGCGGCGAAGGUUUGAGGCGAGCGAAAUGGCGUCUGGAGGGCCAGCACGGCCAGAGCGACGUUCGCCGAAGAAGCGCCGGCGGAGCUCUGAUCGCGUAUGUGGAUAUACAAGUGGCUCACGGCCAACAGGUGCGCGCAGAUGGGCUCGGUGCGCAAGGUGAUCGUAGAGUCCCAGAAAUAGGUGAAAAGGUCCGCAUUUGUGGCGGCGGUCGCUUCGCAGUCUCCGGAAAUGACGGGAGACGCAAACGCGACCGCAGGACGAAACUCCGGGUACAUGUCGGUACAGGCAUGUUCAGUCAUUUCGAGAACGAGUUGGGUGAAAAUCAGGCGAAAUGGGCGAGCGUGGCGGAGCGCCGGCACGUCAGUGCUUUUUUCAUCGUGCGAAUGCGUUUUGACGUAGUCGCGGUGUUGGUGCAGGACUCUGGAUGGCGGGAUAGAGCAGGUGAAGGUGGCAUAGACAGGUGUGUGGUCGCUCGAUGCGAUUGACUUCGCACGCGCGUAGUUGUUUGUCCGGAGCGAGCAAUUCGGUAGAGAGUGCACGAGAAUGCGGUCACACCAGCUGGGGAUGCGCUGACUGCUGUAGCAGUCUGGGCUUCCGCGCGCCACCUUGAAUGUAGGAGAAAAGUUUAACGGUCCUUCGAUAAA